AUGGAUAGAAUAAAAGAAGUAAUAAAAAGCACCAGACAAGAAAACCAAGCUCUCCGGGAAAUUUUAAGCCAAUGUCGUUGCGGAAAUGUUGCCUCAGGUUCUGAGCAAGAAAGCCAAAUUCAACAACAAAGACAAACUAUCGAGCAACUCCAAACUUCUCUUGCUGAUUUAAAUGCUAAAUUCCAAGCUUUUAAGCAAAGAACAGAUGCUUUACUGAAUAAAAUUAAAGGAAUUAUUGAUGGGUUUUCUCCUUCUAGUUCUUCGGAAGCUUAUCAAUCUCAGUUAGCCCAAAUUUAUGUUGCUUUGCUUCCUCCUAGAACUCUUGUUCUAAAUAGAGGAAUAGCUUUUGAGAAAAUAGUAGAAGAAGCAAUUAGACUUCGCUCUAAGAUCCAAGAAGAAGAAUUUGAACGAGUGGUUAAGAGAGCAAGAAAAAGCGACAGAAGAACCAAUUUUGGCUUAACUCCUUGGGCUACUGAACUAGACAAGGCUAAGCAUAAACUUUGUAAAACUAUUGCUCGCUACGAAAGAGAAAAUAACCUAACUGAGAAAGGAUUAGCCAAGAAGUUAGGAAUUACUCAUGCCAAAGUAGAAAAGAUUUUGUUUUGCCACAUUGAUGAACUUACCUUUGAAGAAUUAACGGAUUACUUAAAAGAAUUAUCUAUGCCUUGA